AUAUGAUUGGUUAAAGUAAACCUUGAGGAUGGUAGUUUAUACAUUAAUAUAUUAUAGUUAUGAACACACAACUAAAAAUAUUAUAAUUCAAGUAUGAAAUAGGACAGGCAAGUCAGUGUUAUUUUGUGAUUGUUUCAGGUAAGGAACUAUAUUUUACAAGUACUUAUAAAGUUUAACAUGGAUUAAACGACUUUAGAGAUAAAUUUAGUUUGUUAGUCUCAUAAUUGAUUGAAUUUUAGUUAUGGGAUUAUUGGGGAGAUCCAAUCAUGAAAGGGUUGGGAAGACUUGAUAUUUAAAAGGUUUUGAAAGAACGUAAGGAUAUGCAUAUAAUAUAAAUUUGGUCAGAUGGUAAAGUGGUAGGAGAGUUAAUGAUUUAACUUAUUUUUGAAGAAGAAAUAUUAUCUCUUUAAUCCUCCUUAAAAGAGAAAUCAUCAUUUGGUCUUUAACCUAGUUUUCUAAGCUAAUAAGGGGCUUCCUUUUAUGAUAAUUAUUAUAACGAUAAACCUUUAGUUUAUAUGUCAGCUUCACGUGGUACUUAGUACAGACCUACACAGUCCCCGGUGCUUUAGAUAAAAAAAUGAU